AUGUCAUUCACGUGCACCCCGGUCCAAUUGGCUGCUCACGUCAUUGCAAAACUAGCAGUGUCUGACUCGAUGUCACUUACCCAACUAUGGGUUGUCGCUCAGGAAAAGACAAACGGACCAUUGGAUACGAUGCAGAAGAACAUAGUGUGGCGCAGUACCAUCACAAGUUCAGACAAACUCUUCACCGUGAAGAUCGAAGAAACCAGUCUCGAUAUAUCUGGAGGAGUUCCUCUAGGUGAUGUUCUCCUCCACGGAUCCGAACUGGCGAUCUUACUCAUUCCCACUGAAGAGUGUCGGGUUCGAUACUUGACAGGGACAGAAAACUACCAGACUAUGAUGGCCAACUUGGGUGAGUUGCCCUUUCAGUUGCUUGUGGUCAUAGCCAGACAUGGAUCCGAAGGUAUCUUGAAUCCUGAUUUGGCAAGAGAGUCUGGUCAGGAUGCCCGGUCGCUACGGCUUCGGCUCCAAAAACUCGAGGGAGCGGGCCUUAUAAACUGCGCCAGUGUGUACCAAAACAAGACCCACACUACCCAUUCGGUGCAUGUAAAGUUUGCUCGUGAAUGUGUGGUUGGACGGGACUCCAGCGAGGCGGAGGAGGAUUUGAAUCUGCUGCGUGACGUAGGAAAACUUAAAAAGCGCAUCAUGGAAGCCCUCAAGGAGGCGCCCAACCAGCUCAGAGGCUUCUCGGACUUGUGUAAAGAGUUGAAGUUAGAUGACUCUCGCCUGGCGUCGAAAUUCUUCAGAAGCGUAUGUUUGAAGCUCCACCGUGCUGGAUACGUAGAAAAACUUCAUGUCGAGCUUCCAGAAACGAAACAGCGAGUGUACGCUAUCAAAUUUGUCAAAGACGUUCCCAAAGACACCGACGAACUCCAUGAGUAUAUUGACAUGAAUGAUUUGGACAAAGAUGAAUUUGAUCCAAUCGACGAGGAGAAGCUGCAGCACAAUGACGAGAUGCCGGUGAUCAAUCGUGUCUUUCCUAUUUUCCACCAAAUUUACCGGCAAGCAUAUUCCAAAGGUAGUAAAGGUAUAACCUCGGGCGAGGUGGUCAAGAACCUUUUGGGAAUUUCAGAAUACAAGCCAUAUACGAGGAUUUUCGAGGUGCUGCCAGCAUACAUCAGCAACACCAAGAAUCUCAAGGCUGCGAAAAAGUACGUGGAGCCAUAUGACCAGUAUACUUUGACAAAGCUCUACGAUAAUGAAGGGAAACUCAAGUUUUAUCGAUAUUUUGCAACAGAGUUCUGUCAGGAGGACAAGCCUGCUCCUAAGCCGUAUUCCUCCAAGGUUACAGCAUCACAAAAGACUAUCGUUCAACUCAAUAGCAAAUUGCACUCGUCUCUUGGAAAGACUUCCAAUCUGUCGCUCAUUGAAAAGAAGCGAAAAUUAGUUCAAGUUUCGAUGGAGACGAACAAGAGACAACGUGCGCAGAGAGCAGAGAGUGAAGAACUUGUAGAACUUGCUUUGGAUGAACUACCGAAAAGACGCAGAACAAAAACCCCCAAGUCUUAUGCCACCGAUGACUACAUGCAACUUGAUGAGCCAGAGUCAGAAGAGGAUUAUAAGCCUGCAGUUAUUCCUGAAGUUGAAGCUGAAUCCGAGGAGGAGUCGACGGCCAACAUCAUUUCGUCAACUGACUUGCCGACUUUUGUACCUGUGAAGGAGCCCAAGAAGCGCAAGGUUCAAGCUCCACAAACAAACAAAGCUGAGAGUUCUGUUAAAUCGAUGACGAGGAGACAGACCCUCUUGGAUAUUAUUCGUGAAGAGGGAGGUGCAACUUUUAGCAGCUCCAGCCUCUGUCGAAAAUUGGAUGAGCGCAUGAAUAACACAACAGCCACUGACCUCAAGACGUUGGCAAGAGAUGUCAUGCACUUGACCAAGAACAACACGCUUGAGUUGCAGAAAGUGAAUGUUGACACUGGAAACCAAGUUGUUGAGAGAAAGUUGCUUGUUUUGGUCAAUGCUGAAGAAAGGCCCUCUAAGGAUAGAAUCAAAGACUUGAUAUCGAGUUUUGCAGAAAUCAACAGCAAAAAGGACAUGAGAAUCUUUCCCAGAAGAGUCAUACAGUCUGAUAUGAAAUUGUAUAUUGAGACUCCAAACGAGAAGAAGGUUUCUUCAGUUACACGCAAGAGAAGAGGCAAGAACAGAUUGCAAACCUUGGGAGACGAUUUGGAGAGAGAACAAAGUGUUAAAGAAGAGCCUUCUGAUGACCUUGCUUCCUCUGAACCUGGUGAUAUUUGGUCAAAUCUUAAAAAGUCAAGACGAACUAGAAAAAUCACAAAUAACCAAACAAACGAGGUCUCAACGAGCGUGGCGAAGAGACCUAGACGAAACAUUAGACUCGAUAAGUCUGAUGCUACUGUUCUAUAUCGUGCAGUUGUCAUUUCGAAGGCGUUCUCGAGGGAUGCCAUUGAUUUCGACGAGAUUGCCACGUUCAUCAAUGAUUUUGAUGGCAAGAUUUUGAAGCAAAAGUGGGGAACAUUAAGACGUUCAUUUGGUGGAGCUGGAGCUGUUGCCAAGGGAGUCGAGACCUUCCAGAAUAUGGUAAUGCAGGGAAUCGAGGAUGAACUGAUAGAAGAGAGGCACCUUCGUGAUAAGAAUUUAUCGUUCUUUUUGGAUUAUUGGAAAGCGUUCGAUGCCACUACCGAGUUUAUGGUUCCAGAUGAGAUGCCAUUGUAUUCUUCAUACGAACAAAACCUGACAGUAUAUGAUUUCUCAAAAUCGGUUGUUGACACUCAGACGGGGGGUCACUGGGAAAAGAUCGAAGACAUAUCUAUGCGUCAGAAGGAGACGGUGCUUUCUCACUCGAUUUUUGAGUAUGAGCCGUUGGAAACGCCAGUGGCCAAGCCACUCGAUGAGAUUCGGUCAGUCUUAAAGGCAAUGUUUUUGGCAAAGACAGAGGAUGCUGCAUUAUCCAAACUGAUUCUCGAGAAGUACGGAGAGCCAUUGGUCAGAGAAGCUUGCAAUGCUUUGCUGCGUGAUCGUGAAAUAUCAUAUGUGUCGGUGAAUUCCGACAACAAAUUUCUCGUUGGUGACAAGUUCAAGAAUACCUUGAUACUGAAGGUACUCACACCCAAGUUCUUUCAUCAAGCCUCUGCUUUCAAAGCAUCACUCUGCUCUAUCUCGAAGGUUAAUAAGGGCCUCAUCAUUUCCCAAGGUAUUAUGCCAGGGCAAAUCGCGUCACUUCUUGAGUUGGUAUCAGCCAACUCAGUUCAACUUAUUAGAAUCGAUCGAGCGUUUCGUUUCGAGAACUACGAAUCAAGAUUGAUUGAUAAGGAACAAAUUGCUUGUGACAUUGUGGUUAAAUGUAAUUAUGAAGUCGUCGACAAAAUUCAGGUUGCAUCAAAACCAGUUCCUUACCAUGGACCAUGUCAACCUAUCUGGAUACAAUUAGAUUGUCUGGUCAACAAACAGCUCUGGACGAAAAUAGUAACGACGUUGCUUUAUUAUGUCGUUUUCAAGCCGGGAAUUGCAGACAUGCAACUUUACAAUAAAGUCCAGCCGGUGCUCAGUUUGAGAGACUACUACGAUAGUAUGAAGUGGCUUAUAGAAAGCCAGUGUAUUGUCAAACUUGAGACCAGCGGAUAUUUGGCCACGGAUAGAUGGCAGUACAUUUUUGGAUACUAA